AUGAAGGACACCCUGAAAAUCUUCAUCGGCAACGUGGACGACUGCACCACGGAGGAGGAGCUGACCGACCUAUUCCAGAAAUUCGGCCCGGUGGUAAGCUGUGCCGUCAUGAAGCAGUACGCCUUCGUCCAUAUGAGGGGCGCUGACCGGGCCAAGAGAGCCAUCGAUGAGCUGAACGGGCGGGAGGUGCACGGGAAGAGGAUGGUGGUGGAGCUGUCCAAGCCGCGGCCUCAGAACACCUGGAAGAUCUUCGUGGGCAAUGUUAGCACCGCCUGCGACGCCUCCGAACUCCGCACCAUGUUCGAGGCCCACGGCCGGGUGGUGGAGUGUGAUGUGGUAAAAGACUAUGCGUUUGUUCAUAUGGAGAAAGAAAGUGACGCUAGGGCAGCAAUCGAGAAUCUGAAUGGAAAGGAGAUCAAAGGAAAACGGAUUAACGUGGAGAUGUCAAAUAAAGUUUCAAGGCCUGUGAGCGCUAACGGUAGUGCUCAUAAUAAUCGCGCACGUAGGCCUCAUGAUAUGCGAGAAACCCCACAGAACCGUUCUGAUGCAUAUAAUCGUAGGAGGGCAGCUGAAGCAGCCUAUGCAUCCUUUGCUCUAAAAUCGCCAUAUGAGCAAUUUUCAGGUGAUAAUGCACGUUAUGCUUUUGAAAGUAGAAUGCGCCCACCUUCUCCUCCUCUUUUUUAUUCACGAGACCGAAGUCCCCUAAGAAGAUCACCCACAAGGUCACCCUAUGGUCUUGCACAGUCCGCUGCUUCACUUGCAUCAAAAUUCCGUACUUCAGCAUCAGGCUAUGGUUCCUUACCAUCUGCCUAUGGGGAUCAACCAACUUCAUCAUUAUCUGCUGCCUACGGUAGUCAGUCGUCGUCUUUAGCUGCUGCCUAUGGAACCCGAGCCAGUACACUUGCAACUGCUUACGGCAAUCAAGGUGGAUUUGACAGCCAGCCCUCAGCUUAUGGGACAGAAACACAACCUUCAUAUGGCACACAAAGUUCUACAGCCUAUAGCACUCCAGGAUCGUCUCUGUCUGCCAGUUAUGGGUCCCAUCUAUCUGCAGUGGCGACGUCUUACAGCGCUCAGACCUCGUCCAAUCUUUAUCCAUCACAUUCUACCAGUUCCCCAUAUGCGUCGUCCUCGGCACUGGCUAGUGCUUAUCGUCCACAGCAGAGUACCGUCUAUGACAAUACUCAAAUGGGUGGCCUUGGAAUGCAAACCGCUUACUCGUCUCUGUCGUCUUCAAUAGAUGCGCCGAUGUAUGAGCGCACCCGUCUUUCACCGCCGCUAAGCUCUGUUACCGACGGCUACAAGAAGACGAUGGACAAUUAUAAAAGCAGGCUUGCUUCUGACCGCCGUUUUUCAGAAUUAGCUGACUAUCGCCGUUUAACACAGGAAACACAGGAUCCUUUCCGCCGGUCGCCACCCAAAACUCAGCUGGACUUCCGUCGCAUGACUGAAUCACAGCAGUCCGAUUACUCUUCAUACCCUUACGGUGAUUUCAUGAGAGGGUCAUCGCUAUCUGGCUAUCAGCGCCGUUUGUAG